ACCAAAUCCUUGCGAUUGCACAUCAACAUGGAGUUCAAGUUUUUGUGACAACUGACAAAGGGGAAUAUGGGUAGUUAUUAUUUAUUUAUCGUUGUAUUUCCACUGAAUUACACUUUUGAGCUUUAAAGUCCUGCUUGGUCAUAUCAAUAUCAUAAGUGUUUAAUGAUGCUCAACAGUAAAAAUGAAAAGAAGUUACUGAGGAAGAAGCAAAGGCUGUUUGCAUUGCUUUCAAAAGGAAAAGAAAUACAGUUUUCAUCUUCUCCCACAGAGAUUGUGGUGGUUUGUAACUCUGGACUGACCACCGGUGCCUCCCGGGAGUCUAUUCUGGAGAAGUGUUUACCAUACGCACCAGCCAGCAGCGUCCACAUGGUGCCUGGGCGGCAGUUCUGCUUCAUACAGUUUGCUGAUAAAGAGGCAGCCCAGCAGGUCAUGCAGGCCCUGGAUGGUGUGGAUGGGCAGAAUGGGGAACCGCCACUCUAUUUGGCAUAUGCUGAGCGAGUUCCAGUGGAGCUGUGCAGUGCACCCCUGGAGUUCCGCCUUCCACCGGGUGCGGCUCUGAUAAUGGAUCUGCUCAGUGCAGAGGAGGAGGAGCUAAUCCUCGGCCAGCUCCACUGGCCAGCUGAUGGCAGCAUGAAGCACAGACAGGUUUUGCACUUUGGAUACGAGUUUGACUACGGCACCAAUAACGUGGACCCGUCUCGGCCGCUGGCGGGCGGCCUGCCGGGCUGGGUGGAGCCGCUGGUGACCCGUCUGAUGGAUGGCGGCCACCUGGUGGAGCGGCCCGACCAGAUGACCAUCAACCACUACCUGCCCGGACAGGGCAUCCCGGCGCACGUGGACACCCACAGCGCAUUUACCGACCAGCUGGUCUCCAUCAGUCUGGGCUCGGAUACCACCAUAGAGUUCUGCCGGCCGCCGCCGCACGGCGCCACCGUCGCCGUCCGCCUGCCGCGCCGUUCGGCGCUGGUUAUGGACGGAGAGGCCAGGUACCUGUGGACGCACUGUAUCGUGCCGCGUCACUCGGACAUCACUCUGACGUCAGACGGGGAGCUGACGCUGACGCGGCGCGGCACGCGCGUCUCGCUGACGCUGCGCAGACUGCGGAGGGACGUGUGUCGGUGCCGAUUCCCCCAGCAGUGCGACUCGCAGCAGCAGCGGGGGGCUGAGGAGAAGCGGUCGAACGGAGAGACGGGUAUCACCGAACAACUGGAGAGGACCUACGUAGCUAAUGUGUACGAGCAGAUAGCCGACCACUUCAGCUGCACGCGUCACAAGCCGUGGCCGCGCGUGGAGCGGUUUGUGCGCGGCCUGCCCGCCGGCUCCGUGCUGCUUGACGUCGGCUGUGGAAACGGAAAAUACCUCGGUCUGAACCCGCACACGUUCGAGGUCGGAGUGGACCAGAGCAGCCGUCUGUGCUCCAUCGGCGGCGGCCGGGGCCACCAGACAGUGACCGCCGGCUGCCUGCCGCUGCCGGUCCGGUCGGCCGCCUGUGACGCCGUCAUCUGUAUCGCCGUGCUCCAUCACCUGGCCACGCGGGAGCGGCGGGUGGCGGCUCUGGCAGAGAUCGGACGGGCUCUCCGUGCCGGCGGCCGGGCGCUCAUCUACGUAUGGGCGCUGGAGCAGCGGCAGGGGACGCGCGCCGCCGGCUACCUGAAACCGGGCCGGCAGCAGCGGGUGACUGAGACGGAGACAGCGUCGGGCGCGGACACCGCCGAACUGCCGCUGCCCGUACACACUAACCGGACAGAGUUCAAACAGCAGGAUAUGCUGGUGCCGUGGAAACUGCGAUCGGGCGGCCGAGGGGGAGGGGAUGGAGGGGAGGAGGUCCACCACCGCUUCUACCACGUCUACCGCUCGGGCGAGCUGGAGGAGGACGUGCAGGCUGCCGGCGGACUCUCCGUCCUGGAGAGCUACCACGACCAGGGCAACUGGUGCGUGAUGCUGCAGAAGGACGAGGACGUCGCAUGAUAGUGGGAGAGGGGACGGGAUGGGAGGCGGUAUGUGCCUGUUGUUUUCCAUGGUAUUUUAUCUAAAUGGAUACAUCUGUAUUGUGAUAAUAGAAGGUCCUGAACAAUG